UUUUAUGCCAUCUCUAAAUAGAAAGUGAUAUGCAGACCGGUUUAAAUUUCAGAUUUCUCAUAAAUAAUAAACAAAUAAUGCUAAACAAAAUAUUAUACUUUUAUGCGAUCUAGUUAAUUCAUCUUUUAUUACUCAGUUAUUGAAACCCGAAAAAUGUCUAAUUUUUUUCCUGAAUCUCGAACAGAAAAUGUUGAAAAUUUUUAUGACAUUGGAAAAGAGUUAGGCAGGGGUGCAACAUCAGUUGUUAAAAUUGUUACACAAAAAGGAACAAAUUUUCAAUAUGCUAUGAAGCAGAUGAAAAAAAAUAUUGAUAAGAAAAUAAUAAGAACCGAAAUUGGAAUUUUGUUGCGACUCUGUCAUCCAAAUAUUAUCAAACUAAAAGAGAUAUUUGAAUCUCAGACACAUCUGUUUCUCAUUCUUGAAUUGGUUACAGGUGGUGAACUUUUUGAUAGAAUUGUUGAAAAAGGUUUCUAUAGUGAGAGAGAUGCUGCACUCUGUGUUAAACAACUCUGUGAGGCUGUUGGGUAUCUUCAUGAAAAUGAUAUUGUUCAUCGUGAUCUCAAGCCUGAAAAUCUUUUAUAUGCAAACAAAGAUGAAAAUUCACCUUUAAAACUUGCAGAUUUUGGACUUUCUAAAAUGCUAACGACAACAAGCAGUACUAUGCAAACUGUUUGUGGAACACCUGGGUAUUGUGCACCUGAGGUUUUGUUGGGCAAGGAAUACAAUUCAGCUGUUGAUAUGUGGGCUAUAGGUGUUAUUACAUAUAUUAUGUUAUGUGGCUUUGAACCAUUUUUUGAUGAACGUGGUGACCAGGCUAUGUUUCAAAAAAUACUCAAAUGUGAUUAUGAAUUUGUUACACCGUGGUGGGAUGAUGUAUCAAUUAACGCCAAAGACUUGGUAAAAAAGUUACUUGUACUUGAUCCAAAAAAAAGGUUAACUGCAAAAGAGGCAUUAGCUCACCCGUGGGUACAGGGAAAAGGUGCAAAUAUAGUUCAUAUGGAAAAAGCUCAAGAUAAAUUACGAGAGUUUAAUGCAAGGCGAAAGAUAAAAGCAGGUGCCCAUGCUGUUAUAGCUGUUACAGAUCUUUUAAGAAAAUUGAACGCUAACAAAAAAUAGUAAACGUUCGCUUUGCUAUGCUGUGAUAUACUUCUAUACUUGCUUUGCUGUAGUUCUUUUUAAAAAUCUAUCCAAUCGUUUUGUUUAUAAUAUUUUUUUAUUUAUGAUAUGCAACUAAUUAAAAAUCACUUUGUCAAUUCAACAUCAACAUGAACAUAUAUUACAUCAACAAUGAUAUAUAUUGAUUUAUAUUUAACGAUUUAAUUUCUUUGGUUU